GCUGGGGGGCGGGGCCAAGCGCGGCCGCAGCCAUUUUGGUGGAAGAGAAACAAUAGGACGGAAGCGUCGCGGGACUAGGCUGUGGCCGCAGAGUGGCCGGUCCCGCACAAACCGAGGAGCAGAGAUCGUACAGGCGGCUGUAAGGACAGACAGUGAACGGAGGACGAGCUGGCCUCUGGACCCCGCUGCCUCCCCUUUCUUCCUGCUGCUUGUGUCCGGAGGAUGAGCCCAGCCUUCAGGACCAUGGACGUGGAGCACCGCACCCAGGGCGUCCUGCUGGAGCCCUUUGUCCACCAGGUCGGGGGGCACUCAUGCGUUCUCCGAUUCAAUGAGACAACUCUGUGCAAGCCCCUGGUUCCGAGGGAGCAUCAGUUCUACGAGACCCUCCCAGCUGAGAUGCGCAAAUUCACUCCCCAGUACAAAGCUGUUUUGAUAUUUGUUAGGUGUGCAGAUGAGUUUGGGGCCUCUGGCAACAUAGAGACUAAGGAACAGGGUGUGGUAUCAGUACGCUUUGAAGAAGAUGAAGACAGGAACUUGUGUUUAAUAGCAUAUCCACUAAAAGGGGACCAUGGAACUGUGGAUAUUGUAGACAAUUCAGACUGUGAACCAAGAAGUAAGCUGCUAAGAUGGACAAGCAAAAAGCAGCAUGUCCUAGAAACAGAAAAGAAUCCCAAGGACUGGGUGCGCCAGCACCGGAAGGAGGAGAAGAUGAAGAGCCAUAAGUUAGAAGAAGAAUUUGAGUGGCUAAAGAAAUCUGAAGUCUUAUACUACAGUGUAGAAAAAAAGGGAAAUGUAAGUUCCCAGCUUAAACACUAUAACCCUUGGAGCAUGAAGUGUCAUCAGCAGCAGUUACAGAGAAUGAAGGAGAACGCAAAGCACCGGAACCAGUACAAAUUCAUCUUACUGGAGAACCUGACUUCCCGCUAUGAGGUGCCUUGUGUCCUGGACCUCAAGAUGGGGACACGCCAGCAUGGUGAUGAUGCGUCAGAGGAAAAAGCUGCUAACCAGAUCCGAAAAUGUCAGCAGAGCACAUCUGCGGUCAUCGGUGUUCGAGUGUGCGGCAUGCAGGUGUACCAGGCGGGCACUGGGCAGCUCAUGUUCAUGAACAAGUACCAUGGGCGGAAGCUUUCGGUGCAGGGCUUCAAGGAGGCACUGUUCCAGUUCUUUCACAAUGGGCGGUACCUGCGCCGUGAGCUCCUGGGCCCUGUGCUCAAGAAGCUAACUGAGCUCAAGGCCGUGUUGGAGCGACAGGAAUCCUACCGCUUCUAUUCAAGUUCCCUACUGGUCAUUUAUGAUGGCAAGGAAUGGCCAGAAGUGACCCUGGACUCCGAUGCUGAGGACUUAGAGGACCUCUCUGAAGAGUCGGCUGAUGAGUCUGCCGGUGCCUAUGCCUACAAGCCCAUCGGUGCCAGCUCAGUGGACGUGCGCAUGAUCGACUUUGCACACACCACCUGCAGGCUGUAUGGCGAGGACAGUGUGGUGCAUGAGGGCCAGGAUGCUGGCUAUAUCUUUGGGCUUCAGAGCCUGAUAGACAUUGUCACAGAGAUAAGUGAGGAGAGUGGGGAGUGAGCUUGCUGGCUAUGCCAGUACCUGAGAGACUUUGUGUCCCCCCACAGCUGUGCUGUCGGGAAGCAGGCCAGUAUGGCUAGGUGUUGGCCUCUGCAGCCUGGCGCUGAUAGACAGUGGCCCCUGUGACCCCCCUCCCCCCCCAGCCUGAGCCAGCCCCAGACGUGCUCAGAGCCUUUUAUUUAUUUUAACUAUUUCUUCAACAUUCCACAUUUGAUGAUGCAGAUACCUCUUUCUUCCCUGAGUGUAAAUGUUCUAAUACAGAUCUUUUGUUUAUUGUA